CUUAAAGUGCGCACGCCAGUCUUUGUGUCUCUCUAACAUUGUUGGAUCCUAAUCUUCCAAACGUCAAUCUUCCUUUUCCUUUUCUCGCCCAUGUAAGGCUGCUGGGUGCUGAAUCCCUUGGAACGCUCUCCAAGCAUUCUUUUUGGUCUUCUUCCUCCAGAUUUUGAGGAAUUAAUGGGGAAGAAAGUCAAGAAGAAGAGCCGAGCUCCCCCAAAGGAGAAACGGGUUACGACCCAUUCCCCCAAAAAAGUUCCCCAACAAUCCAACCCUAGUCUUCAGACUGCUGGUGAUGUAGUUUCAGUACUAAAAGAGAAAAAACUUUGUGUUCAUCUUGAAAAGGGUGUUGAUUUUAGUAAAUUGUCAGCUAAAAUCGGGUCUUCAGAACCUAUAUCGUGUGAAGAUUGUGGGGUUGAUGGGAAGGGGAGUAAGGGAAAAGGUAAACAUGGGAAGAAGAAAGGUGGGGCUGCAGUUGAUCCGAAAUCUAACUCGAGAGCCAUCUGGGUUUGUUUGGAAUGUGGGCAUUAUGCCUGUGGAGGGGUUGGACUCCCAACGGGCCAAAGCCACGCGGUUCGGCAUGUAAGGCAGACUCGUCACCCGUUGGUAAUUCAUAUUGAGAAACCUCAGCUCUGCUGGUGCUUCCCUUGCAAUACACUCAUUCCAGUUGAGAAGAUGGACGAGAGUGAUGAACAUAAGGACAUCUUAUCAGAUGUUGUGAAGUUGAUAAAAGGGCGAUCAUUGGAAGAACCCUCAGUGGAUGCUGAGGACAUUUGGUUCGGGAGUGGCAGUAUUACAAGUGAAAUUAAAGCAGCAAGCAGUGUACUAAUUGAUUCGAAUGGAGGAGGCAGUUAUGCUGCAAGAGGCUUGGUUAAUCUUGGAAAUACUUGUUUCUUCAAUUCAAUCAUGCAGAAUCUUCUAGCGAUGGGCAGGUUGAGGGAUUACUUUUUCAAGUUGGAUGCUUCUGUUGGACCUCUUACUGUUGCUUUAAAGAAGCUCUUUAUUGAAACCAAGCCGGAGGCAGGACUGAAAAAUGUGAUAAGUCCAAGAUCCCUUUUUGGUUGUGUCUGUUCCAAAGCUCCCCAAUUUAGGGGAUAUCAGCAGCAUGACAGUCAUGAAUUGCUCCGUUGCUUACUUGAUGGUUUGUCCACUGAAGAGUUGGGCGCCAGAAAAGAGAAUAAUUCUUCAAAGGGAGAUGGGAUUUCUUCAAAUUCGGGUACUUUUGUGGAUGCUGUAUUUGGGGGCCAAAUAUCUAGUACUGUUUGUUGUGUUGAAUGUGAGCACUCUUCAACAGUGUAUGAACCUUUUUUAGAUCUCUCCCUGCCAGUUCCAACUAAAAACCCUCGACCCAGGAAGGCCCAACCUGUCUCUCGAGCAAAGAAAACUAAACUGCCCCCCAAGAAAGGUGGAAAAACUCGGCCGAAACUUAACAAAGAUGCAGAUUUGUUACCAGCCCAAAGUGUUUCUACCCCAUCAGCCAGCAAUGAUAUUUCUUGCCAGGCACGGUCCAUUGAGCCUGUUGCAGAAAAGGUGAUGGCUUCUUCAUGUGAUUCUACACCAUUAGUUUCCCUAAUUACUGUGGCUGGUGAAGGGGCCCCAGCUUCACAGAAUCUCUUAGCUGGCCAAGCGUCUGAAAAUGAGCAAGUAUUUGAGAAUGAUGUAGAGCAAACAUCAUCAUUAUUGGAAAAUUUUACAUGGUUGGAUUACGUUGGACUGGGGACUGUAUCAGAUGAACAUGAUUUGACUUCACAAAGCAAUGAUAUUUCAGUAACUCAAGAUCCAGGAAACAAGGAUAUAUAUAUGAAUGAUGUACCAUUACAAGCUAGCUCUGAGUCUAGCAGUCUGAUUUGUCCACUCAAUGCAGAGCCGAAUCCAAAACCAGAUACAUCUGUGCAUUAUUGGGAAGAUGAGCAACCAUUACAGGUUCAAGGUACUGAAGUUCUGUUGCUUCCAUAUAAAGAUGAAAGUUCCACUACUGGGGAGAUAAUAAAAGGAGAGGCUGAGGCCUCCUCAGUGGUUAUGGGAUGUGGACAAGAUGAAUUGGACUUUGAUGGCUUUGGUGACAUGUUCAAUGAGCCUGAGAUUGCUGCAGAGCCGACCACAAGGCCGUCUUUAGGUAAUGAGGUUGCAGAAACUGGUGUUGUGGCGGCAAAUAGCAGUGAGUCAGAUCCGGAUGAAGUUGAUAAUACUGAUUCUCCGGUAACUGUUGAGAAAUGUUUGACUCAUUUCACAAAACCAGAGCUUCUUUCUAAUGAAAAUGCUUGGCAUUGUGAGAAUUGUUCAAAAACUCUACGACACCAGAUGUUGAGAGCAAAAAAGCAAGUGAAAACUGCUUCAACAAUUUUGAUGAAUGGAGAUGAGAGACAAAUCCAAAAUGAGCAACUACACUUGGAUAAGAACUUCUCCUCUCUUGCUGAAGUUGGAAACUGGACUAAUGGGAAUACCGGAAGUGAUGCUUCCCUUAAUGCUACUGCUGAAAGCUUUGUUUCACAUAAAGGAAAAAUGGAUUGCCCAAAAUUUGAAAAUGGUCAAACAAGUGAGCUAAAUCCAGUUGUUUCUCAAUGGAAAGAUGGAAAUGGUGAGAUAAAAGAUGCACUUCCAGAGCAAUCACAUUCUUCAGGUUGCUAUAAAGCUUGCAGUCCAGAAAGCUUCAGUGGUCAAGCCAUUGAUUCCUGUAGUGUUCAUGAGAUAGGUAGUAUGCAAUACACCACUGGUAAGGUCCAGCAGAAUGAUUCCCAGUUGUUCACCAGAGGCCCUGAAUCAGAGGUAAGUGAGGACGAGGAGAUGGAUUCCAAAAGCAUGAACGUGAAAAGGGAUGCAACCAAAAGGGUCCUCAUUUAUAAGGCCCCACCUAUUCUUACCAUCCAUCUUAAAAGGUUCAGCCAAGAUACUCGUGGUCGAUUAAGCAAAUUGAAUGGCCAUGUCAGUUUCAGAGAAACAAUUGACCUUAAUUCGUAUAUGGAUCCCAGGUGCAUAGACAAAGAGAAGUAUCAUUACCGCCUAGCUGGGGUAGUCGAGCAUUCGGGGACCAUGAGAGGGGGCCACUAUGUUGCAUACGUGAGAGGGGGCGAGAAGAGCCGAGGGAAGGCUGAGAAAGAAAAUGGUGGUUCUGUUUGGUAUCACGUCAGCGACGCCCAUGUCCGUACGAUUUCCCUAGACGAAGUUCUUCGGUGUGAGGCCUACAUCUUAUUCUAUGAAAAGAUUUGAGGUAAAUCUACUUCCCAUACAUUUUACGUUUCUCAGAUACCGGUUCGGGGUUAGCUUGAGAACCCCUAAUGAGAGAUAGAGAGAGAGAUAGCAGGCGAGUGUACAACAGCAAUUGAUCUUCUUAUAUCUUGAAUACCCAUUUUUUUGACAUGUCAUGAGUUUUAAGUUGUAUAUCUUCACAUUAUUUCAUCAGAAAUUUUGUUCCCAUUAUUUUGGGAAGAGAAGGGGGGUGUUGGCUACAUGUAAUUGCCAAUUUUUUCCUGUAGGAUGCUCUGUUGAAGUACUUAUUCAGAUUAUUCUAUUAUUGGUUGAUGAGAAUUCCUUCAGCCAAAGAUCAUAAGUUGUGCA